AUAACUUUCCGUUGCGAUACAGAGAAGAACUUCCACUGGUUUUGAGAAAGAUAACCCUUAUAAUCAAGCCAGCUGAAAAGGAAAAUGAAUAAUAAACAAUAGACUUUUCUAUCUUAAAUAUUAGUCUUAGCUUGCGCAAAGAAAUAAUUAAGUUGUUUUCAUUAAGAAGGUCACAAGUACACACAACAGAAUUGUGUUUGUAUUUUACUCGCGUAACUUUACUAACUCGUCGUACGCAUUGAUUUACACCUGUUCAUGCGCUAACGCGUGAAGUAUUUUGAAUAAAUGUAUGAAUCAGUCAGCGGUUUGGAUACGGAUCGACCAGCGGUUAAGUUUUGGUGCGAACCGACUCAAAUUGGGUACAAAUGGACUGCAUUUGGCUGCAAAACGACUGGGUGUGAAACGACCGUGGGUACGAAACGACCGUGUACCUCUAGAUUGAGAUGGUUGUUGUUUCUCGUCCUUGCUCCAAGGGUUUUGCUCUGGGUCCUCCAGUUUUCCUCCCUCCUUAAAAACCUACAUUUCCAAUUUUCGAUUCGACCUGGAAACAGUGACAAGAAGAGCUCCCUAGUGGAAUGUCCACAGCUAAAUCCCAUUAUUAUCUUAUAAUCAUUUUUGUUCUUAGUAGUAAUGACUUUAAUAAAUCUUAGCAAUACUUACCCUUAAAUUUGUAGACUUAAAAAAGUUUCCCCUAACGGUCGAACUCAAAAGGUGACUUGGUGUUUGACUUUUAUUUCCAUGUUUGGAUUGAAUACAACAAGGACACUUUUGAAAUGCAGUCAGCUGUGUAAAAAAUCUUACUCACCUUGAACUGUCCAGGUGUUGUUCACUUAGUUGCUAUUGUUGUCAUUAUCAUUAUUGUCAUUCUCUCAGUUACGAAUAUAGCUUUCUUGAAUGCUCGACAGAUUGGCAUUGUGGGUCGAACAGGAGCUGGGAAAUCGUCCUUGGCCUUAGCCUUGUUUCGAAUUCUUGAGUGAUCAGAUGGUAAAAUUGUCAUCGAUGGUGUUGAUAUUGCCACCAUUGGACUCAGAGAUCUCCGUUCGCGGCUUACCAUUAUUCCACAGGUGAAACAUGGAACGCAGACAAGCAAGGGGAGGUUUAUAUUGAUAGUGCGAUAACAAAAUUUUUUCGAUGCAGUUGAAUGCUACUUUUUGGGAGGAUAGCGCUCGUUAGUGACAAUGGGGAGGGAGCGCGGGCAUCUUUAGCUACAAAUUCAUUCGUCCUGGUUUAGAGCUGUUACAUCCCCGCAUUUUAGGGUUUUCAAGGAAAUUUAUGUGUUUUCUUACCUCAGCGCCGUAAACGAUUGAGGACCGGGACGUCAUCCGUUGAAUACAAAAGAAAAAUAUUGAAACUUGGUCAGAAGGGAGGAAAGUGUUUCAAUGUUUUUAAUGAAAUAAAAAAAUACUUUUUUUACUUGUUUUACUUUUUGCUCUUAUUUCAUUCUUAUUUACCUUUACCCAUAGGAGCCUGUGUUAUUUUCUGGAACUCUCCGUCUAAACUUGGAUCCGUUCAAUGAACAUGUGGAUGGAGAGCUUUGGAGAGUAUUGGAAGUGAGUCAUUUGAAAAGAUUUGUGAUGAGUUUGAGUGGAGGACUUCAGCAUGUUAUAGCUGAAGGAGGCGAAAAUCUCAGGAAGGAAAGAGGGUGGACUGACAGUGAAUACGUUGAACUGUUCCUUGAUACAAGGUACAAGAAUGUAUGCUCAACUUAAAACUUAGUUCACGACUUUUAAAUUGUAAUGCGCUUUUCUCAAAAUCCGUUUCAGUAAUUGUAUUUUUUCUUUGUAACCUAAGAGAUGCAAUUCAUGGUCAGUGAGUAUUGAGACUGCAUGGUUUAGAGGGGUCAGGAAAAAUAUGGACUUAUGUUGAGGCUCUCCAUGAAAUUUCAAGUCCCUGGUCAAGAAGCCCUUCAAAUGAAUAGGCUCCUGGGAACCUAUUGAAGCAUUUUUGGGAUAAGGGGUAAAAAGUACAGAUUCUACCAGCCAACAAUGAAAUGUCAUUUCAGGCUUGGACAGUAUCUUGACCAGUUUUAACUUCUACAUAUAUCAAAGUUUUGAUUCUCUCCUCUAUGGUUCUCGCUUAUCUAAAGUUUAAAUUUUUUUAAUGUUAUGAGCAUGUAAUCGUUUGUAUCGUUACUAAAUUUUCUUUUUAUCCAUAAGCAACAUUUGAAACUUCAAGUGUUUGCAUGAAAUGUUACCUUUAUAAUCCUAAAGCUUGUGUGAUUUCAUCAAUCAUGAGCUAGAGAUUGCAUAGCCUUUACGACUGAAAGGUUCAAGGACGUUUUCAUGCGGCUUUGGGCGGAUGGUUUUCCAUGGCCAAUGCCUUUCACAUGACUCAUUUGAUCGCUAUGGAACUUUUAUACCUUAUUGCAGUGUUUGUCAGCGACAGCCGGUUUGUUUAGCGCGUGCACUUCUCCGUAAAAGUAAGAUUCUGGUUCUGGACGAAGCAACGGCCGCGGUGGACCUGGAAACUGAUGAACUCAUUCAACAAACGAUUCGACGAGAGUUCGCUGACAGUACAGUGUUCACCAUCGCCCACAGGUUAAACACCAUCAUGAACUAUGACAGGUAAAACUCUAUCCAAUGGACUUCGUACAAACUUCAGUGAUUAAUGUUUUACUCAAUCGUUGAUCUUGGAUAACUUAGGCGUGGCAAACUAAUUUAUAUUGUUCUUUAUUCGCGUGAGCUGUCAAACAUCGAUGGUAAACAGCAAUUCCUAGCUUUAUGACAUUAAUUUAUGUUAAAGCAGUUAGAAAGACACCAUUAUGACACAAAAAAUUACAUGUUAAAGUGACGGACGUUUUUUCCUUUCCUGGGGUUAUGGUUCUUGAAGACGGUUCAAUUGCAGAAUUUGACGCACCCAGCAAACUUCUUGAAUAAAGAGGACACUUUUAUAACAUGACUCGUGACGCAAGACUUACAAAGUGACCUAAUAUAUCUAUUUGGCUUUAGAUUCUACCAGUUUUUUAGACAAUAGAGGUACAAAAAACGAUUUAA